GAGAAGGACAGAGGCGUGGGUUGGACUCAUUAGACAGGACAGGAUUGAACUAGGCUCUUUUCUCAUCCAAACUUCUGAUCGAACACAAUGAAGUUCCUGUGUACAAGGAAACAGCUUUGACUUUAGGCUGCCGCAGGCGAAGAAGGUGAGAAGAUCUUGAAAAAGGGCACAUCCUUGACAGAGUGCAAAAUGAUCUCAUCACGUCUGGUGAAGCCAUCGAAGCAGUCACAUAAGGAGCCACCGGGGGAUCGCUCGAGAAUGCUGAUUGUGGGCGAGAGGCUGAUGAGAGCCGGCAGUGAAGGAAACCUGCUGAGAUCCACACCGAACCAUCAGCAGGAGCUUCAGAAGCAGAGCCUGGAGAUGAUCUCCAACCCAGAGCCGGUGAAGCGAGAGCGAAGGCCGUGCUCUGCAGAGGAUGUGGACAAUCUGGACAGGAAGUUGAGCGGCAGGGACGCGUGUGACAGAUCGAACCUCUGGUCUCCUCGCACGCUUCCUCGAAAGCACACACUCACCAUGCAGACGCAAAAUGCAGAGCGGCGGAGGGAGGCCUUUCUGGAGCUCCUGAAGCAGAAAUACCCUCAUCAUGCUUCGGCCAUCGCGGGACAUCAGGAGAGACUCCGGGAUCAUAUCAGGACUCACAGAGUUUUAGGGGAGCAGGAGUGUGUGCGAGCGGUCAUGUCGGAAGGAGACACACACCCGUCGUUCACGCGGGGCAGCCGCACCCGCGCCAGCCUCCCCGUCGUCAAAUCCAACAACCAGACCAAGGAGCGCUCGCUGGGUGUUCUGUACCUGCAGUACGGCGAGGAGACCAAGCAGAUCCUCAUGCCUAACGAGGUGUCGAGUCCGGAUACGGUGCGCGCUCUGUUCGUCAGCGCUUUCCCCCAGCAGCUCACGCUCAGCAUGCUCGAGUCGCCCAGCAUGGCCAUCUACAUGAAGGACCACGUCAGGAACGUCUACUACGAGCUCGCCGACGUCAGGAGCAUCACGCCGCACUCCUACCUGAAGGUUUAUCACAAAGACCCCAAUCAGGCUUUUAAUCAGAACUCGAGGAACAGCAACGGAGACGCCAGAAUUUCUCGUGAGAGGCUUUACAGCCCCAGACAGCAGCCGGCCGGUGGACAGCCGAUGGGUCCCACACUUCCUACACCCCAGAGUCCCAUCCAAGGUCCCCAGGGUUCUUUGUCUCCACCGCUGGCUCGUUCCGUUCCUUCCUCACCAUCGCGGUUCUCCUACAGCUCUCGCACCAUGCCUGCAGGCGCCACGCUCCCCAGAGAACGCAUGUCUAGCACGCCAUCUUCCAGCGCCAUCCUGGAGCGUCGGGAUGUCAAACCGGACGAGGUCGUGGAUCCGUACGGGUUCCCCGAGACACGUCUGAGCAUGUCCGAUGCCCCGGACGGUGCCGUCUUCCACCAUCACUCUCUUUACAGGCAAAAAUCGCGCAAGUACAGCGAGAACCUGAAUAGCCCGCUGAGCCCGAAAUCUCAGAAAACUCCGCCCCCUUCGCCUCACAGAGUCAACGAGGUCAGGAUGAUCGAUAUCCAUCCGGGACAGAACCCACACGUGAUGGUGGAGAGGACAGGGUCCCUGCGGAGAUCUUUCAGGAAGGAGAGCAACGGGACGCUGGAGGCGGCAGCGAGGGCCAGAGGGAACAUGACGUCCCCGGUGUACGCAGAUUUACACGGAGAAAGGCCGUUCCAGGGGCUCGUACCUAGAGCAGAUCCUCAAGGCAAGCGCAUGAAGGUGAUGGAGCAGCAGUUAGCCAGUCUGACGGGUCUGGUUCAGCACGCGCUGUUCAAAGGGACGAACUCCAGCGGGGGAAAAGAGACGGCGAGUGAGGAAUUGACCUCAGAGCCUCAAGACACAAACAGCGGUGGAGUCUCCCCGGUGGCUGCGUGUAAGAGUCCCAUCCUUCAGUCCGAGCCUCCCGUGUCUCCGUCAGUCAGAGACCCGUCUCUCGGCGUCCUCCUCACCACCUUCCGCAGAAACGUCUCCAGCCUCCGCCAGCAGCUCCAUCAGAUCCGACAGACGCAGGUGCAGAACCAGGUGGAGAUGAGGACGAUGUUGAAGCAAGCGGAGAAGGAACUGACCGCGAGAAUGUGCGAGAAGCUGCAUGUGACGGACGACCUGCUGAAGAAACAGAGGAUGGAGGUGGACGAGGAGAGGCACAGAUACGAGGUCAUGGAGGAGAGCGUCCUGCUCCAGUUGGGAGAUCUGGAGAGACAUGUGGAGGAGAUGAAGAGGAACUCCAGCUCAGCUCAGAGACCCGUGACGCUGCGGGAUGUUGAGGACGGAGCGGUUGAUCUGAGGAAGGUCGGCGAGGCGCUCGCCACGCUGAAAGGAGACUUCCCAGCUCUGCAGUCGAGGAUGCACACAGUCUUGAGGAUGGAGGUGGAGGCGGUUCGCUUCCUGAAGGAGGAACCUGAGAAGAUGGACAACAUGCUGAGGAGGGUCAAAGCCCUGACUGAGACUCUCAGCAUCCUCAGAAUAUGUGCUACAGAAGGCUCCCUCCACUCUGACCCGAUCUCCGUCAAGCCCGAGUCACCCGAUUCCCCGAUGCCGACCCGAGACUCGGCCACACCUCAACAGCAGUUAUCGUCAAACCCCACCCCCUUUACAAUCACCUCUUCUAACCCCGCCCACUGCGAGCUCGUCUCCGUCUCGUCUCCCAUCAUGGCUCAGAGGUCCUGCAGCUCGGCGCUGAUCCCGAGUCAAGGGCGAGACGCGCCCGCUGUGGUCCCGGUGACCCCCGCGAGCCGCGAGGAGACCGCCGUCGUCCAUCAGAUCCGGGACGAGACGCUGAGUGGAAGAGACACUGUCGAGAGGGACAAGGAGGUGGACAAGAGGCAGGCCAAGGACAAAGCAGACAUGGAGCGGAUUUUACAUCAGACUCAAGCCAACCUGAUGAAGAACAUACCUGACCUGGAGCUGACCAAUCAGGACAAGAGCAAGGUCUCGGACACGACGUAUGUGCGGCCCGACAGAGUGGACGCUCCUCUGUCUCCACCUCCAGAGGCCACCGCUCCAGCCGAAUCGGUAGCACAUAAACCGGUCCAAACCAGUUCGGAGUGUGCUCCUAAACCUCCUCCUCUAGAGAAGCCUCACAGGGCCAGCGUGGACCGGGCGGCGGCCAAUCAGGAUGCGGCAAUUAAAUCUCCUCCCCCUGCUCCGCCCCGCAAACCCCAACUCUCCGCGACGGGACUGACGACCGGCCGCUCUGGUGAGGUCAUCUACACCACCCGCAAGGACUCCGCCUCCUCUCAGGAGCGAGAGGAGGAGGAGGAGGGGGGGCAGGAGGAAGUCGCUCUCCAGUCCAAACCACAGCGAGUUCGCCCCGAGUUGAAACCCAAACCGCGUAUACGUCCGCCGAUCAAUGCACGUGAGGAGGAGGAGGAACACGAUGAAGAUAAGAUCGUAGCAGAACUUCAGGUGUUUGAGAAGUACCCGGUUAAAGACUUAGAGCCCAGAUACGUUGUCGACCUGACCACCCACCCGCUCCCAGACAGAGACCUAGAGCCAGCCUACACACUCUCCUCGUAUGACCCAAAGAACACAGAAGAUGGAAAACUCUCUCCUCAUCCUUCACCUGGAAAUGGGGUCAUAUAUUACAUCACUGGCACUGCAAAAGCAUCCAGCGACAAUCCACUCGGAGGAUCUGAAGCCCAAAACGAGCCCAGAGAAGGAGCCAUUUCCUCGUCUAAGGUGGCGCAUCCGAAUUCUCCUGAUUUUACCCAACAGCCAAACGUACUAACGCCGUCUGACUUGACAUUAGAUUCCCCUAAAGCAGUAGAAGAAACCCAGAACGUGUCAAACGACACUAAGAUGACUUAUGUAAGUCUUUAUGGAACUCAAAAGGACGUCAGCAGUGCCAGAGACGAAGCAAAGGUUCCGAAAGAAUCAUCUGAGAAGCCAGAGAAUCAAGUGUUGGCAUCUUCUGAAAAUUUUAUUCAAGCUUCUGAGACACCAUCCAGCAGCGGACCUGAUGUUCAACUGUCUAAAUCACUGGUGCGACCAGAAACGUUGCUGCUCUCAGAUGAAACCAGGUACCAAGAAGCCAAGCAGCAGGUGGUAAUGAGAUUCUCCAGGGGUCGAACCAGUUACACAGAGGAAACCAGCUUGAGCCCUGACCUUCCUGAAGAAGAGGCUCCUCCUCCAUCUGACAACAUUGCAUUCAUGAUCACCAAAACUAAAGUGCAGGCUCUGUCCACUGGGGAAUACCAGCAACUAGUGAGCUCCAAGGAACAAGAAGUUGAAACUGUUAAAGUAGGCACGGACGAGUCCAUGUCCACCCCAGACUAUAGUGAGGAUUACAGCAAGAAACCAGUCAUCAUCGUCUUUGACGAGCCCAUGGACAUCCGACAGGCAUACAAGCGUCUAUCUACCAUCUUCGAGUGUGAAGAAGAGCUGGACAGGACGCUCUCAAAGGAGCGCAUCAUUGAGGAUACUGAGGAAUUAAAUGAAGAGGAGGCGGCCAAGAAUAGGGUUGAAAAUCAGUACAAGACCAGCAGGAAAUUAGAGAGUACUGGUAGGGGUAAUCAUCUCCAAGUGCCUGGCCAACACCAGAACCUUAGUGAGUGCUCUUCUGCAGUGUCAGAGGAUGCAUCCCAAGCAGACCUCCCUGGGGACGCCAAGCAAGAAGCUAAAAAAAAGUUUAAGUUCAAGUUCCCCAAGAAGCAAUUGGCUGCCAUUGGGCAAGCCCUUCGGACUGGUACAAAAACAGGCAAAAAGACUCUGCAGGUGGUGGUUUAUGAGGAUGAGGAGGAACCAGAUGGCACACUAAAGGAAGCAAGAGAAGCCAAGAGAUUUGAGAUUAAAUCCAGUAUAGACUCCACCAAUCUUGACGUUUCUACCAAUGAACCGUCCGAAUCCCAGACCAUCGACCAGCAACCCUCUGCAGGAAGGACUAAUGAGAUUUGUCAAACUGCUUACAAAACCUUAGACAGCCUGGAGGAGACCAUUAAACAACUAGAAACAACAAUCACAAACAUGAACCCUGGACUGUCCCCCGAUGCUGCUUGUAAGGACCUGAAAGUCAAAAGAGUUGCAGAGAACCAAACGGCGCCGACAGAAAGCAGUCCUUCGAAGAAACCAGCUCCUAUUGGACCAAAACCUCAGAAGCCUCCUCAGCUAAAGAAGCCUAAAGUGCAAGUCCAAACUCCUCAGCCUCCUUCCUCCGGCGACACUAAACAGAACGCCAGCGGUUCCUCGCCUACAAUUCGGGUUGCUCCGCCCAGAUCGCGGCAACAACCAGGAAGUGCGGAAAAACCUCCAAAACCACCAAAGCUCCAGGACUCCCAGAGCCAAUUCCGACAGGUGGAAACAAGAUCGCCUUCGCAGCUUGCAAAGAACAUGCAUGCUUCUAAAUGCUCAGCCUUAUUCUGUACUAACUCUGGAAAUCAUAUGUGCAUUUGAGCGUAACCGCGCCACUCAUCUGGCAAGCCCUCUGUCAAGUCUUAGCCAUGGCAUCUUCUGUCAUGCAGUAAUCAAGCUUUAGCAGCUGAUCUGGCUACAGUUUCUCAUCCUCAUCCUUCUGCUCGCUGUCUCUGGGUCGAAUUGUACCCUGCGCUUAUGAAGCAACGCAAGGUUUAUACGUCAAGAAAUCCUUCUGGCAACAUAGUGACUUGCUGCAGAAUAUAUUUCAUAAACAUGAGAUUUCUCAUGAGAAAUUUAAUGUUUAUCUUAUGCUAUCCUGGAAUUAAACGUGAACCAUGGCAACCUUCAGUAAAUUUAAUUUAGGCCACACCUACCUAGCAACCACUAUUAAGUGUUUUGAACCUUAAAAAAUAAAAUGCCGCUGUGAGUAUGGGGUGAAUCUUGCAGAGCUUGAGCUUCAGCCUGACAUCAUCAGCAUCAGAGCAAGCUUAUGAACAUGAACACCAUCAACUUUUUUUUUUGCAAAAUUCCACCUUUGCUUAUGUUUUCUUUUGCAGAUCUUUUACAUGCUUUGACUUGUUCAGUUUGGGAUUGUUUAUUUUUUUUUUUUUGGUUUGGUUUUCGUCAGUGUUGUUUUUGUGCACUACCGCUGCGAUUUGAGGCGCGCUCUCUAACACUUGCUAACGGCAUCAUGACUAGAUCUAGUGCUGGUGCUUUGGCGUAGGUUUUCUGUUUAAGGCGUGGGAUUAGAUUAGAUUAGAUUAGAUUAGAGUGACUACCGGAGUUUUGUUUUUUCAGAGGUGUAAGAAUUACAUGGUGGGAAUAUAACUAAAGUGUACUUUUUUUUCUGAAAAUAAAAAAAUUAUAAAGUCUUAUUUUUCCUUAUAUUACAAACUGAGAAAGACUAAAGAAGUGAACUGUGUGUGAACUUUAUCAGUGUUUCAAUUUUGGGUUUUAGCGCACUGCCAGUUUUAGCUAACGUUAUUCUUUUACAUCUUUCACUUACAACACCAAAGUUACGUUUAUUAGGAUGUAUUUUUUGUUUGAAUCGAUCUUUAGAGAAAAAGAGAGUGUGUGUGAUGUUUAAAUAUAAUACUACUAAAAUAUCCUGAGUAGUUUAGAUUAUAUUUUUGUGCCACUAAUAGUGUGAUAAACUGCAUACACAAGUGAUGUGUUAAUAAUAAAAAGAAAACUGUUUUCAUUUAACUGGCCAAAGUUCUCUGCUAUGCAUGCCUUCUAGGUAUUUCAACAUGAACAGUCUCAUGUUUGCACAAAAAUAAUGCUGUAAAUAUGUUCUCGGUUUUUGUAAAACGUGUACAAAGGCCGUGCGGAGGAAAACUCAUAUAAAGGUGUCUAUGCAAUAAAGGACUGUCACUUA